AUAACGUGAUUUCACAUCGUUAUAUCAAAAAAUUUCUCUUUUUUCUUAAUAGGUAUUUACGUUACGAUUUUAUAAAUAAAUUUAAAAUUAUUGUUUAAUAUUGUAAUUAUCAAAAUUCAACGUUAUAAUAUGCCACCAAAAAAAAGUAAAAAAACAAAAAAUCAAGAUUGGGAUAGCGACAAAGAUGAAAAAGUUACUGAUAUACUAAGUACAAUCACUAAAGAAAAUUAUGAAGUUGAACAUGAACCUGUUAAAUCUAAAAAAGUUCCAAAGAAGACAAAAAAACUAAAUAAAAAUCAAGACUGGGGAGAUGACUCAGAUAAUGGUGAUGUAAUUACUGAUUUACCUAAAGAAGAAUAUAAUGAACCUGAAGAGUUCAAUAAAUCCAAAACUACUGGAAAAGUAUCAAAAAAAAAUAAAAGAAAACAAAAAGAAUUUGAUAUGGACGAGGAAGACAAUGACCAUGAUAAUGAGGAUGUACCUAGUGAAGAAUUUAAAAAUCUAACAGUAUCAAGUAAACCCAAAUCUAGUGUAAAACAGCCACAAAAAAGUAAAAAGAAACAAAAGGAUUUUGAUGAAGAUGAAGGUCUAGAUGAUAUUAUUGAUAAAGACGGUCUACCAAAAAAAGAUGAAGAAUUAAAUAAUAUUGAAAUUACUAGUAAUAAGAUGUCUGAUAAGAGUCCUUAUGAAAAUGAAAUUUCAUCUAAUGAAAAAAUUUAUCUAGAAGAUGCAAGUACACUUCAAACUUCUGAAGAUGUCACAAAAACUAAUGAAGUUCAAAUGAUUAAUACUAUUGAAAAUAAUUUACCUGUACAAGUUUCUUUAGAAAAUGUCAAAUCAAAUGAAGUAUUUAAUAUAAAUAAAAAAGAAAUGGAUAACAAAGUUGAGGAAAAAGUAAAAAUUGAAAAAAUAUCGCACAAAGAAAAAAAAAAACUUAAAAAAGAAUUAGAAUUUCAAAAACAUUUAGACACAAUGACUAAAAAAGGGGGUCAGGGUCAUAGUGAACUAGGAUCAAACUUCUCUGUAUCACAAAUACAAAAAACAGCAGGUCAAUUGGCAGCUCUUGAACAUGCUGUUGAUAUCAAAAUAGAAAACUUUAGUAUAUCUGCCAAAGGAAAUGAUUUGUUUGUUAAUGCUAGUUUAUUGAUUGCACAAGGUCGUCGAUAUGGUUUAGUUGGACCAAAUGGACAUGGAAAGACUACAUUACUUCGACAUAUUUCUGAAAGACUUUUUGAUAUCCCUCCAAAUAUUGAUAUUUUAUAUUGUGAACAAGAAGUUGUUGCUGAUGAUACAACUGCUGUAGAUUCAGUUUUAAAAGCUGAUGUCAGGUGCACAGAACUUCUUGCUGAGUGUAAGAAACUAGAAGAAGUUCAAGAAAAUGGUGAUUCAAGUGUUACAGAAAGAUUAAAUGAAGUAUAUGAUGAGUUGAAAAUUAUUGGGUCUGAUUCUGCAGAACCCAGAGCUCGAAGAAUUCUAGCUGGUCUGGGUUUUUCAAAAGCUAUGCAAGAUCGUGCUACAAAAGAUUUUUCUGGAGGAUGGAGAAUGAGAGUGUCAUUAGCUAGAGCUCUGUUUCUAGAACCCACUUUGUUGUUACUUGAUGAACCUACUAACCAUUUAGAUCUUAAUGCAGUUAUUUGGCUAGACAAUUAUUUACAAGGAUGGAAGAAAACUCUUUUAGUUGUAUCUCACGAUCAAAGUUUUUUGGAUAAUGUUUGUAAUGAAAUUAUACAUCUAGAUUCUAAGCGUUUGUAUUAUUAUAAAGGAAAUUAUAGUAUGUUUAAAAAAAUGUAUUCGCAAAAAAAAAAGGAAAUAAUUAAAGAGUAUGAAAAACAAGAAAAAAGGCUAAAAGAAAUGAAACAACAAGGACAAUCUAAAAAACAAGCGGAAAAAAAACAAAAAGAAGUACUUACAAGAAAACAAGAAAAGAACAGAGCUGGAAAAGGCAAUAAAACUGAAAUGGAUGACACUAUAGAACCUUCACAGUUAUUACAGAAGCCAAAAGAUUAUAAUGUGAAGUUUUCAUUCCCUGAUCCUAGUCCUCUUCAACCACCUAUUUUAGGAUUACACAGUGUUAAUUUUGCUUAUCCAAACCAAAAACCUUUGUUUAAAAAUGUUGAUUUUGGAGUAGAUUUAAGUUCAAGAGUAGCUAUUGUUGGUCCUAAUGGUGUAGGAAAAUCAACAUUUUUAAAAUUAUUAACAGGCGAUUUACAACCAACUGAAGGGGAGAUGAGAAUGAAUCAUAGAAUGAAAUUAGGUAAAUAUGAUCAGCACUCUGGAGAACACUUGACAGCUGAAGAAACACCAGCAGAAUAUUUAAUGAGAUUAUUCAACUUACCUUAUGAGAAGGCGCGAAAACAAUUGGGUACAUUUGGAUUAGCAAGUCAUGCUCAUAUAAUUCGCAUGAAAGAUUUAUCUGGUGGGCAAAAAGCACGCGUGGCUUUAGCAGAACUUACUUUAAAUGCUCCAGAUGUUAUUAUAUUGGAUGAACCUACAAACAAUUUAGAUAUAGAGUCAAUUGAUGCAUUAGCCGAUGCCAUUAAUGACUAUAAAGGAGGUGUAAUAAUUGUUUCACACGAUGAACGGUUAAUAAGAGAUACAGAUUGUACCCUUUGGGUUAUUGAAGAUCAAACAAUAAAUGAAGUAGAUGGUGAUUUUGAUGAUUACAGAAAAGAAUUACUUGAUUGUUUGGGAGAAGUCAUUAACAGUCCAAGUAUAGUGGCCAAUGCUGCAGUAGAACAAUAAUAAAUAUCUUGUUAUAUUUAAUAUUAUUAAAAAAAAAUUUUGGAUUACAAUUUUGACUUCUUAAAUUCAUGUGUUCUUUAUAUAAAAGUAUUGUUAAGCAAUGACAUUAAUAAAAAACAUAUGAUGUUUAAUAUAAAAUUU